AUGAAUAUGAAAAAUCAAAUGAGGGGUCAGAACAACUUGAUUAAUAAUGCUCUUGGUGAAGCCAUUCAUGCUCCAAACAAAGUGUAUCAGUUCUACUUUGUCAAAUUUUGGCCAAAUCAAGAGCCAAAAUCAGAAUUCAAAAUCGAAAAGGCUGAAAAGCUAAUCCAAGAUCUUAACCACCUUGAACUUCAGAUUACAAAAACACUAGACAUACAAUCAAAUCAAAUAAGGGAACUGGAUCUUGCUAAUAUACAUCUGCAACUUGAGGAAACAGGACCAUAUUCAAUUCAUACUGCUUUCGAGGUGAGAGAAGUUGAAUUAAAAAGUCUACAAGAAGUCUUAGACAGGCUUUGCUUUGGAAAUAAAUCAUAUGAGACAGGAGCUAUGGAGUGGGGCUUGUUAUCAGUGGAAAAGGGAAAGCAUCAUGAACUAGACAACCAUAAAUUGCAAUAUCAAAUGAUCCACGGUUGUAAGAGCUUGGCUGAAGAAAAGAGACAAAUGAGAGAUAUUAGAGGAAACCAAAGAGGAGGGGAAGAUCACCAUUUGUGUAAAACUAUCUCAUUGGGAGAAUUUGAUUGGAGGGAUAAUUGGGAGUAUUAUGAAAAAUUGAAGGCUAUGAAGGGAAUAACUGAUUCUGAUCGAGAUCGAUAUCCACGUGAGAUUAAAAAACUUAGAUUGAAAGUGGACAAAUGUGUCUACAAUGCUGCUCUGAAAGGAAAGAGUUGGAACUCUUUGGGAAUAAAGCGGGCUAUAGAAGAGAAAAUCAAAAUUAUAAAUUUUGAAUUAGAUAUGUUAAAGAAGAAAAGAAGAGAGAUAAGAGCUAAGCUUCAAAGCAUUGCAAUAAAGAAGAAUGCUUUGACAGAAGUCAGAGAUUCUUUGAACAAGAAAUUGAUAGACACAAGUCAGAGAAAGAAGGAAGCAUGUCAAUCCAUCAUCAACCUCAGAAAGCAGUAUGGUAAAGAGAAUGCCUGCUAUUACCAAAACCGUUUUCAUUUGAACAAAGCUAUGGCCCUUGCUAGUAAGAAAGAUGUAGAAGCCCUUCAAAAAUUAUCUCAUACCGAGGGUGAAAAUUUCAUGUCCCACUGGAACAAAAAUAAAGCUUUCAGAGAUAAUUAUAGGAAAAGAGUAUCGUUGUCGCUCAAAAAUCGACAAUUGAAUUCAGAUGGAAGGAUGAAAUUUUUUGGGCAUGAAGAACCCCUUGUUUUGUUAGGUACCCCGGCAAAUAUGGAAAGUGGCUCUGCAUUGAUGAACACCCUUUAUUUGAUUAAAUAG